CUUGAAAAUUUUCAAACCAAGAUGAGUUCGUUUAAGCCUGCUUUGUUUUUGGUGUUGAUCCUUGCUUUUGUGUACAUUUGUAGGGCGGAUAACUUGACGAUAGGGAGCAGCCUAAACGCUCAACUAGUGCAUAUGGAGCAAGUGUCACUAUCCGGUAUACCUCUCAAAACAAGGUCGAAAUCGGUGUUCUACAAUGGACAGAUAGCUAUCAAGGGUAUAACAGCAUUGGAUUUGGACAAGUCCAAAGCAAAAGUGAGCAUCACGGCCGGCGGAGUGGGGUCUACUUACGUUAACUUGAAGUUAAAGAGCGAGAGAGGGGACGGACUUAACUAUCAGAUACAAAUUUAUGCUUAA